ACCACACUUUUGAUCGUGAAGGUCACCUGGGGGCAAACGGUAUCUUCUGUUAAUUUUUUAUUGUGUUGUUAUGUGGCCUAGUUUUUACUUGUGGAUAUAUUUAGUCAAAACUGUCACAGAAGUCAGAUUCCGUUUUGUGCUCUGGGGUAAGAACAUCAAACAUUAGUGUCAGUUCGUCACUAACAUACUAUACGCUUCUGAAUGUAACUAUAGCCUAUAGGCUUUUCUUGAAAGCUCGGACACUUGUUCGCACUAAAUUAUGUUCGCAUGAUUGAUAACUUUUUCGGAAAAGCUUUGUGCCAUGGAGAUUCUUGUUUUAAAUUGACCUUGUUGGUGUACCAACAAGCCCUAUGGGGCUCAAAGAAACAGAUGUUUCGGCUAAUUUGGCUCGGUUAAGUCGUCACAAUUUGAAAUACCAGUUAUCAAACCAUGGUAACAAAUACAGCUGGUUUCAAUGAAUAACCAAAUAUAGGAAAGAACAAGAUAAAUAUUGGUAUGCGAUGACACUAACCUUAAUAUCUUGAGUGGUAUAAAAAGUGAGUAUAUUUGGAGCACUGACUAGUUUUGAACUGCGUAAUUUGGAGUCUUUAGCCAUAGGCACGACUUACUCCGCAUUUUCAAUAUUUAACUGCAUAGCGCAUACAUACAUCCAGUAACUUCCACAACUGUGAUGCUCGUCACCCACAUUGCUUCCCUAUUUUCUCGUACUUAUUUUCAAAGUAUAUUACAUUGAAAUGCUACUGUGCUUGUGUAAUACGUACUGACCACCUGUUCAUAAUAGUUUACAACCAUAUAAACCUAGUAUCCACACGUGACAUAAAACUUGCAUCAUUAUUGAAUUGAUUCUAACAUGCUGAGGCAAUGUUUUGAAGAGACCUACGAUCAAAUAAUAACAACCUACCCAUAUCUUCUGCUUUGAUUGAUGCUUUAUAGUAAAAACCAAGGCACAGCAAACGAAGUUGCAAAAUGUAGGACCUAUGAUGGGCAGAUAAACAUCCCAGCAUCACAGUCGCAAGUACAUGUGCACUGGGGUUUUUUGUAUUCGUGCCAAGUUUCUGUCAGACACAAACCAGGUCUAGUAAGGUUUCUAAACAAGGUGGCCCUAAUAAAUUGUUUCAUUUGGCUAGACUAAGCAUUAGUACACCUGUCAUAUCUCGUCCCAUAGAUUGUGUGGAACUACGAGUAACAAAUAAGCUUUAUGUAUGUACACUAAGAUUUCGUCUACUACCAACCCAUCAAAGCUGAUACGAAUAUCAAGUUGAGUGGAGUGAUGCUGAACGUACUUUACAAUCAAACAGAUUUCAAAUAGCACUGUCACGAAACAUCACAUUCUACUGGAUUCACGAUUAGCUUUCAACUCACAGGAAAGCACGGAUAGUUGAACUGCAUGAAAAUGUUUAGCGAAUUUUCUUGUUAUGUAGGAAAGUACUGGGCUUAUAAACACUUUAGUGAGCUCCUUAAAACUUGAUGCGCGUUGAUUUGUGGCGGAUUAUGGGUAUGAGUGUAUGUAAGUUCUCUACUCGAGACAUUCCAUAAAACCCACAUUAAGUAUGCAGAAUCUGGCUGUCAGUUAGUAUUAUCAACACAAAAGUAGCAGUCAGAUUCCAUUAGUUAGGUUCAAAUCAGUAAAAAGUACGCGUUUAUGUAUUCUUAUUUCUUACCAAUGACACUACCGGGUUACUCAAACGAAAGUAAACAUAAUUGUUCUUACUUGGUAACCAUUAAUUGAAGAUCGAGCUGCCUUGCUAUUAAAUCACAGUCUUAGCUAUAGAUGUGUUUAAAGUUUAAACAUCCGGCAAUAAAAUAACAUCUUGUGUGAAAUAUAGUAUCAAGAUACUGCUUCAGUUUGGACACCCGGGCAGUAUCACAGCCCUCACACAAAUCAAAUGAUAUUCGUGUGGCGCAUGUGUAUCUGGUGCACCCUUGUACCAAUAUCUAUGUGUUUAAAUAAAUCAAUAAAUAAAAUGUUUAGCUUAUGUGUUCGAAUCUGUCACCUUGGAAAAAUUGGGAUAGGAACGGGAAAAAAAGUGAGUUUAAAGGGACUAAAUAAAAAUACACCAAGUCCUGAAGUUAUUUCGUUUUACUAAUGCAAAAUAAAGAUUUCACAUAAAGACUUUUUCUUUAGAAAUUAGAAACUCCUUCGUACAGUUAUUAAUGUAAGACAAAGUCCUUUAUGAUACUUGCACCCGUUUAUAUUCGUAGUUCAUAUUUUGACUUGUUUUGUGGUCACAUUUAUUUGUUGAAUAACUUGUUAGGUUUUCUAAUUUUACUUUCAAAGUUUUAUUGAUCUCAAUUCCACAGCUUAUUUGCUGAGACACACUACGUUGCCUUUUUGGAAUGUACAAUACAAAGCAUUUUAUGCUUACGAUUAGUUUGUGUUUAAAAGUAGCUCUAAUCUCAUGAUAUAAGGAAGUUAUACAACAAUAAAUGGUAGACGCGUUUACAUGCACUGCUUCGCAAGAUGUUACAAACAACAGUUGUGGAUUUCGUAGACAGUCUCUCACUCCAAAUUUUCAAGCAGAAUUACAACCGUCCGAUCAGAUACAAGAACAAACAUCAUUCGACGUAGCGGGUCGCUGCAGCAUACAUGCUCAUAUAGAAGGAAUUCCAGGAAAUUACGUCCCUACUUAUGUACACUCAAAUUUCGUCCAUGGAAUUGAUUCCAUACCUUUUGUACGAUCAUGUCCGAAUAUGGGUGAUUAUCAUGCAUUCGAAAAUGUUAAUAAUGGUCAUUCAAAUAGAUUAUUUAGUAGCCAGUUCCUGACUUCGUGCCCACCUGCUAUUCCUGAGGUGCAGUCGGAUCUAUCUCAAGACGAGGAGGUUUCUCGUCCAUGUUGCUUCUGCACUUUCUGCGCCCCAGUCAUACCAAAAACACACUGUUUUGAUAUUUGCUGUUUCAAAUCAAAGUGUUUGGUCCCAACUGUUUCACCAUGCCCACCUAAUGCUCUUUUCUGCCUACUUUUCACUGGGCCUUGCAAAUGUCCUUUGUUUUCUUUCCCGCGUCACCGAGUAACUAAUGAAAAUCUUAUAAUUCUAAGCAUAAUUCAGUUGUUAUGUGGUUUCGCAGCUAUCGUCCUCUCGAGUGUUGCUUUCACCAAGUCAGUCUUUUUAUAUCAGAUGGCUACAGGAUUAUGGGCUGGGAUAUUAAUGGUGGUUACUGGAUUUCAUGGUCUUCUUGCUGCCCGUCGCCCUAUUGUAUGUGUCUUAGUAGGGUUGUUGGUGCUGUGUAUGGUUGUAAGCUUGUCUGCGUGUGUUCUCAUUUGUGUUUCUGUGGCUGGGACAAUAGAAGAUGGUUUCCUUAGCAGUACUGUUACACGGAAAGGGUUUUCACGUGAACUUACGAAAAUUUCACCAAGUCACCGCGAGAACAAAACUUUCUUUCAAAGGCACGACCCGAAGUCUUCAUUGGCGGUGUUAACAACCAGAACCCAGGAUUGGUCUGAUUUACAGCUUUCAGACUUUAAAAAUGUCCUGCGUGAAACGUCUGAUACCUACGUGCGCACAUGCCAAGUUAUUUUGCACCUCCUUUUGUUGGUAGUCGGUAUUCUAGAAGCAUCGGUCAGCCUUGCAACAUCCAUUCUCUGUUGUCGGUGUGUUUGCUCGAAUUCUCUUAAUUUGCGAUUUCAAAAUUCACGUUCAUUACGUACUAAUAUAGUGUCAUUCAAUGCCGCUACAGCUAAUCAAGCGGCUUCCGUGCUUCGAUCAGGUGCAAUAAAUGACUUUGUUGGUACUGGCAAUGUAAUAUUAGCCCUCGAUUCAGAUGUACCUACACGAAAUUAUCCCAUCAGUAAUGCUAAUGAAGUAGUUCGUAAGCCACAAAUCCACCAUACAUUAAUCCCUUUUUUAUCGGAGUUGAAUCGUCACUCAUUAAUUCUCACACAAGCAGGUACUGGUACAGUAGCUUUAUCUGCCGCUCGUGCAGCUGCCAACCUAUUCGAUUCAGAGAGCUUCGAAACUCAAGAUCGAACUUCAGUUGCUUGCUCUUCCAGCAAUGAACAGUCCUCUACUCGACAACCUGGUACCUUAAGUAGAUCUAUAUUUCGUCGUCUUAAAGGAUUGCGUCUUAUUCGUCCUAGUGAACCUCGUCCUCAUCUUCUGUAUACAACUCUCCAAGUCCCUAUAAAUGUUUCCAAUACCUCCGAUUCUUCAUCUAAUCCACUUCCGUUUUCAUCUUCUACUACGAUUGUUUAUGUGAUGCUUUCACCUACACAUGAAGAACCACCUAUGAUAUUUCCUCCCUUUCCUCCUAGUUACAAUGAGUCACAAAGGAGAUCUGGUUUGAGUGCAGCUGUUACCCGCAUUCAGCGAAACCAGCGUAUGACGUUUCAGUCGAACCCAUCUCGUCGCUAUAGGAGACGUUCAGCUGGGAUAUCUCGUCCUCGUUUCCAUUCAUCUAUACGUUCGCGUUUGUCACGACUUUUAUGUCGAAAUGCAUCACAUCAGUCUAAUCUCAGAAUUAAUAACACAUCUCGACAUUCUAGAAUGCAGUGCCACCUGUCUAGGUCUGUCGCUUCUGCUCCGAUUUCUUUUGGUGACCGAUUCAUCCAACCUGUUCUAAUAGUUGGGGACCCACCUACAAUCAGACCUACAGAAGAGCCACCUCCCAAAUAUUCUAUAUAAACUCUAAGAUGUCAGAUAUUGGUUGUAAGUUAUCAUUCUCCCUUGUGCAAAUCUACUGCAUUCCUAAUUAAUCUUUGAGUCAGCAUUUCCUGAUUUGUAAAAGUUUGUGAUUAUUUGCAUACGUAUUUGCCAUUACUAGUCUAUUUUGUUUUGCCUUUUUGUUAUUUAAACGUUUGUUACUACCUUCAAUUCAAAUAAGAACAUGUUUUUAUUUGAACAAGAUUAUUACUUGUCAAUAUUUUAGUUGUUUUUUAAGUCGUCUAAUUGGUUCAUACCUUAAUUGUAUAUUUAAAAUGUCGGUAUUACUUCUGACUUAUAUUGUCGAUAUAACAUCUUUCACUAAAGCCUUUUUAUCUUUUGUCGUCGUUAGUAAAAAUAAUUAUAUAAUAGCUGGUGGCAAGGUAAAUUGGUGAUUAUCCAUGAUAUUUGUUCUGUGCGCUAAAUUGAGAAAAACUAAAAUUCCAGCAACCAAAUACAAACUCGUGCAUUCUACUUUGAGGUAUAUUUUCUGUGAAGAUCAAAGCUACCAACGGAAUGUCCUAACCGAAGUACAUGUUACUGGGUUUGAGAUCGUGUCUGUUGUAACUACUCAAUCUUAGCUCUAUUUUGUGGGUGUUAAGUUUCAACGUUCUGACAAGGUAUUCUCAUCAAUUCUCAAUCGGCGUAGUGCUUUAUUCUUGUGAUUAACUUUCUCAUCGGUCGUAUUAUUAAGUACACUUUUAAGAAGUAAUAAAGAUCAAGGAUAAUUAUGGUUCUUCAAUUAGUAGUCCAUUUGCCUAUCAAGCUUACAUUUAAUUACAUAAUAUCAAUAAUAAAGUAUUACUUUCUCAAC